AUGGCGCCGCAAGAGCGAACUCCUUGUUGCGAGCAGGAGGACGAUUCCCGCCAAAACGCGGGCAUAGACAACAACCUGUCAAACAUCGACCUAAGCGGGAGUUUCGUGAACAAAGCUUACACGAACAGCACAGAUAAUAUAAACAGCGGAAGGAGCAUGAAUUUAAAUGACAACACAAAUAAUAAUGAAAGGAAAGAGGACGAUGAAAAAAAGGCGACGGAUUUCGACGAUUUAUUACCGUACGUAGGAGAGUUUGGGCUGUACCAGAAGAUACUGUUCCUGCUGAUGAUACCAUUCGCGUUUUUCGUCGCUUUCGUGUAUUUCUCGCAAAUAUUCAUGACGAUCGUCCCCGAACAGCAUUGGUGCUGGGUGCCUGAGCUUGCCAACUUGACUGUGGAGGAGAGACGCGCUUUAGCCAUUCCACCGAAGUCGGAGGGUCCCUUCCCGCACGAGCGGUGUCGCAUGUACUCCGCGGAUUGGACCAAAGCCCUGGCGCAGGGCAGGACCACCCCAGACGAUGAGUGGCCCAUCAUCCCCUGCACCAGCGGCUGGGAAUACAACAAGAGCGAUGUGCCCUACGACACGAUCGCCUCCGAAUUGGACUGGGUGUGCGAGAAGGACAACCUGGCAGCGACCGCACAAGCUAUCUUCUUCUGCGGGGCAAUUGUGGGUGGACUGGUUUUCGGUUGGAUUGCGGAUAAAUACGGAAGAAUACCAGCACUAGUUGGUACCAACGCGAUGGGGUUCACCGCCGGGAUAGGCACCGCUUUCUGCAGCAGCUUCUGGUCGUUCGCCGUGUGCCGGUUCCUCGUGGGUUUCGCCUUCGACAACUGCUUCACUAUGAUGUACAUCCUAGUGCUGGAAUACGUGGGCCCAAAAUGGCGCACUUUCGUCGCGAACAUGUCGAUCGCUCUGUUCUUCACACUAGCUGCCUCACUGCUGCCCUGGAUAGCUCUGCUGGCGGACGACUGGCGGAUCUUCGCUCUGGGCACCAGCGCUCCGUUCAUAUUAGCGCUGGCAACCCCUUGGCUGGUGCCAGAAAGUGCUCGCUGGUUGGUGUCGCAGGGUAAAAUAGACAAGGCACUGACUAUCAUGAAGAAAUUCGAGAAGAUAAACAAGACGAAGAUACCUGACAAAGUGCUCAGCGAGUUUACCGAGUCGUCCUUGAAAACUAUCAAGGAGUGCGAAGCCGAAUCACGCACUUACUCCGUGCUGGACCUCUUCAGAACCCCUCGACUAAGGAGGAACGCGAUACUGCUAAUCGUUAUAUGGAUGGCCAUCUCGCUGGUGUUCGACGGGCACGUGAGGAAUGUGGGGUCCCUGGGGCUGGACAUAUUCCUCACGUUCACCAUCGCGUCAGCGACCGAACUCCCCGCUGACACGUUCUUGACAGCGGUGCUGGACAGGUGGGGAAGAAGAUGGUUGGCAUGCGGGUCCAUGGUCCUCAGUGGCAUCUUCAGUCUGCUAGCGACAGCGGUUCCAGUUGGCGGUCCGUCCGCUUCGCUGGCGAUAAUGGGCCGCUUCGCUGUCAACAUAUCGUACAACAUCGGCCUUCAGUACGCGGCGGAGCUGCUACCGACUGUGGUGAGGGCCCAGGGGGUCGCACUCAUCCACAUCAUGGGCUACGUGGCGUCCAUAGUCGCGCCAUUCGUCGUCUACCUGGCCAAUUUCUCCCAAGACCUGCCGCUGCUGAUAUUAGGAGCGUUGGGGGUGCUUGGCGGCCUGCUAUGUCUCUUCCUGCCCGAGACAAUGGACACGGAGAUGCCGCAAACUCUGCAAGAUGGCGAGAACUUCGGAAAGGACCAGAGGUUCUGGGACAACCCCUGCUUCUCCAGGAAAUCCGACGAUGAAGAGAAAAUGGAGCGAUAUCAGAAGCGGGCCUCAUUGCCGAUUGGUCAGGACCGUCCAAGCUUCGUGAGGGCCAUGCCUAGCGCGAUUGGCUCGAGGGCCUCAAUCCGAGCUUCUGUCCGAGCAUCCACCAGGGGUUCCCUCCGUCAGAGAGACAGAGGCAAGCUGGAGCCGGUG